AUGGAAGGGCCGGUCAGCUUCGAGGCCAUGGCCAAGCCGACACCUCGUUAUCAAGCCCCUGGGAGAGUCCCGGAAAUAGACCGCACACCACGAGCUUAUACGGCCGAAUCGCGUGGGCGAGAUUCAUACCUGGCACGGCCGCCACCCGUUCACGAGACAUCAUCGGAUGCAAAGUCGUGGUCGCGCCAGACCGAGGAUGCCUUAGAUGCAUAUAGACAAAGGGAUGAAAAACAUCAUGUCAAUGAUAACCAGACUAUGUCCGGUAGCUACAAAAAGAAGUCUGACGGACCCGAGAAAAAGUUGGAUAUCGAAGUAACCGAGUACCGUUUGGACUCUGGCGACAGCGACAUCCAUAGUGAAGCCAAAAUGGACGGGUCAAGCAAAAGGCCAUACAAGACGGCAUCGAGCUAUUUCGCGACUUACAUCGAAGCUGAACAAGUGAGGCCCGAAAUAGCUCAGAACCUAGAGGCCCACCACGAGCCACCGAAAAACCACAGAAUGACCAAGAUGAUUGUCAAGGAGGACAUCGAUUUCUUCACGGCUCUCUUGGAAGGUCAUACACCGCCAGUGGCGAUGGAGGAGACGCAAGCUUUUGUGCACGAUGAAACCGAGACACAGAGGCGAAGUGAGGAGACUAGGGAACGCGAGGCGGAUAUGAGGCGCCGGGAAGAGGAGGAGACGGCGAAGGCGGAUACGGACUUCUUUUUAAUGUUGAUGCACAAGGAAUGA